AAGCAUGCUAACAUGUCGCCACACUCCCUCUCUUUGGCCUUUUCCCACCUCUUCCAUUCAACCAUUUUGUCUUUCUCUUUUCUCUUUUUCUGACCUCAUUCUUCAAAUCACAAACAAUCUGAUUCUCACCACUAUAUUAUCUCUUCAUCUUCCAUUUCCACACUCCAUAAUCAUCUUCAAAGCAAUCAACAAUGGCUUCUCUUCCAGUAAACAAGCUUAUCCCAUCAACAAUAUUACCCUCAACAAGUAGAAGAUCACCAUCAACCUUCAUUAUAAAAUGCCAACAACAAUCAGCUAAAGCUGUUUCUCCCGCAGCUGAAUCAGCCCCUGUUUCGAGUGUUGAAGCUUCUAGAUUAGAGCCUAGAGUGGAGGAAAGAGAUGGGUAUUGGGUUUUGAAAGAGAAGUUUAGAGAUGGGAUUAAUCCUGCUGAAAAAGUUAAGAUUGAGAAAGACCCAAUGAAAUUGUUUAUUGAAAAUGGUAUUAGUGAUAUUGCUGGUUUAUCUAUGGAGGAAAUUGAUCAAUCUAAGCAUUUUAAGGAUGAUAUUGAUGUUAGACUUAAGUGGCUUGGACUCUUUCACCGUCGCAAGCAUCACUAUGGGAGAUUCAUGAUGAGGCUGAAGCUGCCAAAUGGGGUAACAACAAGUGAGCAGACAAGGUACCUUGCUAGUGUGAUCAAGAAGUAUGGAAAAGAUGGGUGCGCAGAUGUGACCACUAGGCAAAACUGGCAAAUCCGAGGGGUGGUACUUGCUGAUGUGCCUGAAAUCAUCAAGGGGUUGGAAGCUGUUGGUCUUACCAGCCUCCAGAGUGGGAUGGACAAUGUACGAAACCCUGUCGGAAACCCUCUUGCAGGAAUUGAUCCACAUGAAAUCGUUGACACUCGCCCUUUUACAAAUUUAAUAUCACAAUUCGUCACUGCCAAUUCGCAAGGAAACACGUCUAUUUCCAAUCUGCCAAGGAAGUGGAACCCAUGUGUAAUUGGCUCCCAUGAUCUUUACGAGCAUCCUCACAUCAAUGACCUUGCUUACAUGCCUGCUACAAAGAACGGGAAAUUUGGGUUUAAUUUGUUGGUUGGAGGAUUCUUUAGCAUGAAAAGAUGUGAAGAGGCAAUUCCGUUUGACGCUUGGGUCCCUGCAGAAGAUGUUGUCCCAGUCUGCAAAGCUGUACUUGAAGCUUUCAGAGAUCUCGGCUUCAGAGGGAACAGGCAAAAAUGCCGAAUGAUGUGGCUUAUCGAUGAGCUUGGUUUAGAAGGAUUCAGGGCAGAGGUAGAGAAGCGAAUACCCAACCAAGUUUUAGAACGAGCUUCGUCAGAAGAAUUGGUUAAGAAGGACUGGGAAAGGAGAGAAUACUUGGGUGUUCACCCUCAGAAACAAGAAGGCCUAAGUUUUGUAGGCCUCCACAUUCCUGUCGGUCGUCUGCAGGCUGAUGAGAUGGAAGAGCUAGCUCGUUUAGCUGAUGAGUAUGGAUCGGGUGAGCUCCGUCUGACGGUGGAGCAAAACAUAAUCAUCCCAAACGUUGAAAACUCCAAUGUAGAAGCACUACUGAACGAACCUCUCUUAAAAGAGCGUUUCUCCCCCGAGCCACCUAUCUUGAUGAAAGGUCUUGUAGCUUGUACCGGGAACCAAUUCUGUGGCCAAGCCAUCAUCGAGACCAAGGUUAGGGCACUCAAGGUGACUGAGGAGGUACAACGAUUAGUCUCAGUGACACGACCUGUUAGGAUGCACUGGACAGGGUGUCCUAAUACUUGUGGGCAAGUACAAGUGGCUGAUAUCGGCUUCAUGGGUUGCAUGGCUAGGGAUGAGAACGGUAAGCCUUGUGAAGGGGCCGAUGUGUUCGUAGGAGGUCGUAUUGGCAGUGAUUCGCAUCUAGGUGAAGUGUACAAGAAGGCAGUUCCAUGUAAAGAUUUGGUGCCCGUCGUCGUUGAGAUUUUGAUCAACCAAUUUGGUGCCGUUCCUCGCGAUAGGGAAGAGGCAGAGCAGUAAGCUAAUCUGGGUGCCUGUUGGCUUUUACUGUAAUCUAUUCAAAGAUCCCACUUGUAUUAUUUGUGUUGUUGAAUCUUCAAGUUUGCAUACAGAUCCCAUAGAUUAUUUAGGCAUUGUAAAAUGUCAAUAGCAGAUCUUCUCUUAUCUGUAGUUUAGUUCUGUACCAGAACUACUGUAUUUUCUAUACUUCAUUCAUUUAUCUAGUUUCAUUGAUUAUUUCGUUCA